CUGCGCACAGUCAGCCACGGUCCCAUCCUGCUCCGCGCCGGUCAACGAGAGCAAACCCAGUGACUCACGUCCGCCGUGCUAGCUCCUCGCUAGCUCUUCCCCUCACACACGCUCACACCCGGCUCGAGAUGGCGGCGGCGGCGGCGGCGGCGGCAGGGGACUCGGACUCCUGGGACGCGGACGCGUUCUCCGUGGAAGACCCAGUGCGGAAGGUGGGGGGCGGCGGCGGCGGCACUGCCGGCGGGGACCGCUGGGAAGGCGAGGACGAGGACGAGGACGUCAAGGAUAACUGGGAUGACGAUGAUGAUGAAAAAAAAGAGGAAGCAGAAGUAAAACCAGAAGUAAAAAUUUCAGAAAAGAAAAAAAUAGCAGAGAAGAUAAAAGAAAAAGAACGGCAACAGAAGAAAAGGCAAGAAGAAAUUAAAAAGAGGUUAGAAGAACCUGAAGAACCUAAAGUGCUAACACCAGAAGAACAAUUAGCAGAUAAACUGCGGCUAAAGAAAUUACAGGAAGAGUCAGACCUCGAAUUAGCAAAGGAAACUUUUGGUGUUAAUAAUACAGUUUAUGGAAUAGAUGCUAUGAACCCAUCUUCCAGAGAUGACUUUACAGAGUUUGGAAAGUUACUAAAAGAUAAAAUUACACAAUAUGAAAAAUCACUAUAUUAUGCCAGUUUUUUGGAAGUCUUAGUUCGAGAUGUGUGUAUUUCAUUGGAAAUUGAUGACUUGAAAAAAAUUACCAAUUCACUGACUGUGCUUUGCAGUGAAAAACAGAAGCAGGAAAAGCAAAGCAAAGCCAAAAAGAAGAAGAAAGGUGUGGUUCCUGGAGGGGGAUUAAAAGCCACCAUGAAAGAUGAUCUGGCAGAUUAUGGUGGUUAUGAUGGAGGAUAUGUACAAGACUAUGAAGACUUCAUGUGACAUUUUAUCUUUUCUUGGUAUCAUCUUUAUGUUGCCCACAAUCCCUUGACCAUGUAGCACAACUUCCUUUCCUUUCAGUUCUGCCAAAUGCUACAAUCAGAAGUGCAGUAUAUUUUGUGCUGGUUAUUUAACCCCUUGACACUUAGGUGCUAAUGUGCAAAUGAGGGAACUUGGAUCUUGCUGCCAAGGGGUUAAAAUUGGAACCUAAGUUGCUACUAAAUCAUAGUUCAAAACAAACCUAAUAAUGUUGUCAUUGUUGCUAUCUGAUUUCAUAGCAGCAGUCACUAAAUAAAUUGGAAACAUAAAGGUUGCAACAUGACAAAAAAACUGUGUAGUAUUUACCAGCACCAUUCAGUAAUACAGCCUUAACCAUACCUCCUUGAACUACUUCGUAACUUGUCAAGAAAAGCAGUUUGCAGCAAGGGCAUGUGGUGUGCACCUAGUAUUAAAAUUGCUUUGUCUUAAAAUUGAACAUGAGGACAUUAAAAAUACAUUGUGAAGAAGACUGUCUAUCUCAGAGUGAAGACACUGCGGCUGAAAAGCACUAGUUUGAUAUAAAAUUAAAAUGACCAAAACCCUCCAGCUUUGAAGCUAAAGAAGGUAACCUUUCCAUUAUUGCAUUACAUGUUGUGGAAUCUCUUGAGUGCAAAGACUGUCUAGUUAUUUAUCAGGCUAUUUCUACUGAUGAAGUGCUUCAGGUGGGGGAGGGAAACUUAAAUUUUUAUUUGACUGAUUUAAGUGUCUGAGAAACAAAUCUUUGUUCUCUUAGGCUGCAACGGAACAACUUUACCAGGGUUUUGGCAUUUCCUUUCCUUUAUAAAACAUGCUCAGCAAACUGCACCAGUUAACUACAGUUUGGUAAAUUGUUAUGUUAACAAUUAUGACAUCUGCAAUGUUUUAUAAAGCAACUAAUUUAAUAAAAUCACUAUUGUGAGGACUUAAAUUUUGUGUUACCUCCCAAGAGAUACUUUUUGAGAGUACAGAACACAGCUCUUGGGCUACAGCUCUCUACAUACUUAAUAAAUGCUUGACAUAGUUACAGCUUUAAAAC